UAUGGCGGAAAGUGAGGGAAUUUCGAAAUCUGAAGAGAAACAAUGUUUAAAACCUGUUUGUAUAAUAACUUUAGGCAUGGCAGGGUCGGGAAAGACUACCUUUGUACAGCGAAUCAAUGCUCAUCUUCAUGCCAAGAAAACACCACCCUACAUUGUCAACCUUGAUCCAGCUGUUUAUGAAGUUCCAUAUCCAACAAACAUCGACAUUCGAGACACAAUAAAAUAUAAAGAAGUUAUGAAACAAUACAGUAUGGGUCCAAACGGAGGGAUUAUGACAUCACUCAACAUGUUUGCAACAAGAUUUGGUCAAGUUAUUGAAUUUAUUGCAAAAAGAGCUUCAGAAUUCAAGCAUGUGUUAUUUGAUACACCUGGUCAGAUUGAGGUCUUCACAUGGUCGGCAUCUGGAGCCAUUAUUACAGAGUCCUUAGCAUCAUCAUUUCCAACUGUGGUAGCAUAUGUCAUGGAUACAGCACGCUGUGUGAACCCAGUCACAUUUAUGUCAAACAUGCUUUAUGCUUGUAGCAUAAUGUACAGAACGAAACUUCCCUUUAUCGUUGUCCUAAAUAAGACAGAUAUUGUUGACCACAGUUUUGCAAAUAAAUGGAUGACAGACUUCUCAUCAUUUCAAGAAGCAUUGUCGCAAGAGACAACAUAUAUUUCCAGUUUGUCAAGUUCACUGAGUUUGGUCUUGGAUGAGUUUUACGAGGGCUUGCAUAGUGUGGGCGUAUCCUCCAUGACUGGGGCGGGGAUUGACGAUUUCUUUGAAGCAGUUGACAAGGCAGUGUUAGAAUAUGAAACAGAUUAUAAACCUGAAUAUGAAAAAUUAAAAAGGAAGAAAGAGGCUGAAUUAGAGAAGUCUAGACUUGAUCAAUUAGCAAAACUACAAAAGGAUCUUGGGCAUGGUGAAUCAGUUUCCAUGGAUACAGUAGAUCACCACCCACAGCCCAGUGUAAACCCAGAGAUUUCUCUUGGGGCUGGUGAUGAGGUGGGAGAGAAUGAUAACGGUGAAGAAGUGGCAGAUGAAAGACAAGAACAGAAAUCAUUCCAACGUUUCCUUUCUAGAGAACAUGAGAAAUCCUCCAGUUCAAAGACUUAGUUCUAUCACAUAUCUAAGAUCUUUUUCCAUUUUGACUGGAAUUAUCAUCAUAUAACAUUUAUUUAGACUUACAAAAUAAUUUAAUAUUUAUUUUCAUUCCUAACUAUAUAUAUAGAU